AGGCACAAUAUUUAUACAAUCUACUGGUUUCGACAAAAGUUCCAAAGUAAUUCAAGGGGGGAAAGAAAAGUCUCUUUAAGAAACGUUGGAACAACUUGAUAUCCAUUUGGAUAAAUACAAGCUGGCUUCCAGCAUACACCAAUCACAAGAAACGAAUUUGAAAUAGAUCAUAGUAUUAAUGUAAAAGUUACAAUGAUAUAACUUCUAAAAAAAAGAUAGAUGAUGUAGCAGGCUGCCUGUAACCCAUCAUUCUUUACAGUCAUACUUGCCAUGGGACAGACAUUGCAACUCUUUUUCCACCAGCUUCAGCACCUCUGCGACUAACAAGCCCAUGCGUCUUGAAGCUACAUAAAUGGACUCAAGCCCAAGGGUUACUCCUGUGCAGUAGCCAGGGCUAGGUAAGGAGGAGAACCCACCUUUCUCCAGGGAGACCCUUCAGGAGACCAGAAAAAUGGCCUUGGGACUCUUGAGAACCAGGAGAGAAGAGGCAUUUGUGUCAUUUCCUGACGUGGCUGUGGACUUCACCCAGGAAGAGUGGCAGCUGUUGAACCAUGCUGAAAGGACCCUGUACAGGGAUGUGAUGCUGGAAAACUACAGCAACCUGUUCUCCUUGGGAAUUCCAUUUUCCAAACCAACACUUGUCUUUCUGCUAGAGCAGGGGGAAGAGCCCUGGAGAGAGGAGAGAGAACACCUACCCAGUUGCUGUUCAGCAGAUCCAAAGCCAGAAACUCAACCUUAUUCCUCCUGUCCUCUGGACUUCUGCAGUCAGCGGUUAUGUCAGCAGGUGCUACAUGACCAUCGCCUUUCAAGCAGCCCAGGCAUGUUUGCAGGAACUCUCCGAAUAGCGGAUCUCUGCCCAGCAUAUUGGAAACAGCAGCGACAGCCACUCUCUCAUGAAAGAUUCUGGAGUGACAGAGUGGAAGGUGAAGACAGCGAAGCAGGCUCUAAAUCAUUGUAUGGGAGGACAAUGGAGAGGGUUACUUCAAGAACUUUCUCCGGCUCACCUGGAGGACAGCUCAUAAGCUCAAGGGAAGGAAAGACAGUGGUGGAAAUAAAGUUCAAUUCAGCUGAGACGGCAAACCCUUCAGAGACAGGCAAAGUAUUGAAGUGGGUAGAAAUUUCAGGAUUUGAAGUAGUCAGUAGUGGAAAUUGUGGGCUAGGUUUUAACCAGAGGUCAGCCCUUUUCGUUCAUCAGAGGGCCCACUCAGGAGGAAAGCCUUAUUUUUGCAGUGAGUGUGGCCGAAGCUUUAGCUAUAAAUCAGCUCUCAUCACACACAAGAGAACACACACUGGGGAGAAGCCUUAUCUCUGCACAGAGUGUGGGCAAGCCUUUAGCCAGAAGUCAAACCUAGUCACACACAAGAUGGCACACUCUGGGGAGAAGCCUUUCUCAUGUGAGGAAUGUGGGCGAAGCUUUAGCCAGAAGUCAACUCUCAUCAGACACCUUAGGACACACUCGAGGGAGAAGCCCUUUGUGUGCCAGGAGUGCGGAAGAGGCUUUAGGGAUAAGUCAAACCUUAUCACACACCAGAGGACCCACUCGUGGGAGAAGCCUUAUGUAUGCAGAGACUGUGGGAGGCUUUUUAGAGACAAAUCAACUCUCAGCAAACACCAAAGGAUUCAUUCAGGGGAGAAUCCUCAUUGGUGCAAUGAAUGUGGCCGGAGCUUUAGUCAGAAGUCAUACCUCAUUAAACACAAGAGGACACAUUCAGGAGAGAAGCCUUUUGUAUGUCGGGAGUGUGGGCGAGGCUUUAGUGAUAAAUCAAACCUCACCACACAUCAGAGGAUACAUUCAGGGGAGAACCCCUAUAUGUGUGCAGAGUGUGGACGACGGUUUAGUGUUAAGUCAGCUCUCAUUACACACCAGAGGACACACUCAGGAGAGAAGCCUUACGUGUGCAAAGAAUGUGGGCGAGGCUUUAGACAUAAGUCGACUCUCAUUGCACACCAGAGGACACACUCAGGAGAGAAGCCUUUUGUGUGUAGGGAAUGUGGACGAGGCUUUAGACAGAAGUCACACCUCAUCAGUCAUCAGAGGACACACUCUGGGGAGAAGGCUUACGUUUGUACCGAGUGUGGACAAGGUUUCAGCCAGAAAGCAAAUCUAGUCAGGCACAAGAUGGCCCACUCAAGGGAAAAGCCGUUUGUGUGCAGGGAGUGUGGGCGAGGCUUUAGCCAGAAGUCUGCUCUUAUAAGACAUCAGAGGACACAUUCUGGAGAGAAGCCUUAUGCAUGCAGGGAAUGUGAGCGGGGCUUUAGUGACAAGUCAACCCUAAGCACACAUCAGAGGACACACUCGGGGCCGCCUUAUAUCUGCAGUAAGUGUGAGGAAGGCUUUAGGUUGAAAUCACUCCUUAUUAGACACCAGAGGACACACUUGCUAUAGAGAAAACCUGUGCCCAGGGAGUGUAAGUGAGACUUAAGCAAGAAAUCCCAUUGCAUCACCGAAGAAAAGACAACUUUAGGGGAAACUGCAUAUGUUCAAGGGGUGAACUCAGAGAUACUAACUCUCAUCAAAGGACAGAAGAAAACGUACAUGUCUGAAGCACUAGUUCUCAGCUAGAAGCAGUUUUACCCUAGGUGACAUUGGGUGAUGUCUAGAGCCAUUUUUGUUGUCACAAUGAGAAGGCUGUCACUGGCAUCUAGUGUAUAGAAGUCAAGGAUGCUGCUAAACAUCCUAUGAUGCACAGCACAGGACGGCCCCCCCCCCCGCCACGACACACACACAUACAAUAAAGAAUUAUCUGACUAUGACACUUGGACCCCUCUAAGGCUAGCUUUGGCUCCAGGACCCCCUACCACCCACCAUAGGCUUGGUGGACAUUUCUCAGACCGUACUGCAGCUGAGAGCCUUCCUACCCAGCCAUCCUUGCUUCUCCCUCUCCUUCACAUUUACACCCAGUGCCACUCCCUGCAUUCUCUGACUUCCUUUCCAUUUUUCUCAGAUACGAUUUUCCCAAUAAUCUCGUACACAUCUAUGCUUACCUUCUUUCUCAGAUGACUACAACACUUACAGAGAGCAAAUGGUAACUUCAUGAAGAGUCAAAUGAGUGACUAAAAGAAAAAACAAAAAUGACAUUAGAAGGAAGCCAUUGCUUUGAAAGUUAUU